AAGGGAGAUCUUGAUAUUAGGAAAAUUGUGUCGGAGGGCUUUGGUGAGAUGAUUUGACUUUGAUAAAAGGAUUAUGAUGACCCUGUUGAAAACCAUGCUCGAAAGAAUGAUGAGAUUUGAUUCAAAUUCCCAUUUGGAUGAGACACAAGAGAGCCGCUGGCCCGCUGCAACGUGUGGUUAAUGAUGAUCUGGUAUGGAACAUGGCAGUCAUGGUGUCCUUGACACCUUGUAGAUUGGGGGGUGGAGAAAAAGAUGCUGGCAACCAGGAAUGGGGACUGCAUAGUUGCUCUGGACCACUUGGUGGUGGUAUGGUGGAGGGUGAGUGUGGGGUUGUCCUUUGAGGUCUCUAAUGAAUGAUAGUGGAUGCUUGUAAUGUAAUGAUGGCAGAUGGCUGUAGGGGAGCUUGAUGGCAGCAAGGUUGUGUCAGUGCAGAGUGGUGGCAUUGAUAGAAUCCAUAGAUAGUGUUGGUCUGAAGGAUAUGAAAAAGUUCUUUCGGGAGGAGAUUGAGGUCGAUCAGUUGAAGGUGAUUGUAGCAGUGGGUAGAAGGGUCCUGCAAUGAUGGUUGGAGAUGAUAGCGAUUGCACUUAAAGUGAGUGGGCAAUGAUAGGUUUGAGCGGCAUAGGUUAUGCUGUUGGAACCAUUCUAAGAUGCUUACUGCAGCGGGGGCCGAUCUGACUGUCACGUUGGAAGAGGAGGGAGAAUAAAGAAAAGGAUUCAUUCUUAAACAGAUUCUCGAAUGGGUGACUGGGCCAGAAUUAUCAUAACAGAUUCACAACGAGGUGGUCUGAAGAUUGGCCCAAUCCUAACUACUGCAUUUUACAUCAACCAACCAUCUUUCACCACGUCACUGCUGGAGUCCCGGCCCCCGCUGUUCCGUUUCGUCAACGCACUUCUCCACAUGGUUUAUGCCUUCAAUUGAAUCAAUUCAUCACUCACUCUCUUUCUUCUGAAAUCAAUUUGACUGAAACCAUCUCGAUUGGCUAUCUGAAACUCUCCCAAUUUCAAUACAAAAAUCAUCUUCAUUGACCUCAAAUCAAGCCAAACAAACAUCUCCACGGUCCCCAAUGGAGCCAAUUAAUGACAGUGCACUGACCCAGAUGAGGAAAUCAGUUCAGAAACUGGGGUCCUCCACAGAGAAGUACGGAGACCCAACACUCAUGAGGUUCUUAAUUGCGAGGUCAAUGGACUCAGAAAAAGCAGCCAAGAUGUUUGUACAGUGGCAGAAAUGGAGAGCUGCAUUGGUCCCAGAUGGGUUCGUUCCCGAAUCUGAAAUACGGGAAGAGUUGGAAACGCGGAAAAUUUAUUUGCAGGGUCUAUCCAAGAAUGGUUACCCAGUUAUGAUCGUAAAAGCAUGCAAGCAUUUUCCCUCUAAGGAUCAUCUCCAAUUCAAAAAAUUUGUGGCUCAUCUGCUGGACAAAACAAUUGCAAGUUCUUUUAAAGGAAGAGAAAUAGGGAAUGAGAAGUUGAUUGGCAUUCUUGAUCUACAACAAAUUACAUUCAAAAAUGUUGAUGCUCGUGGACUAAUCACUGGUUUUCAAUUUUUACAGUCUUACUAUCCAGAGCGCUUAGCAAGAUGUUUCAUUUUAAACAUGCCGGGCUUCUUUGUGAGUGUUUGGAGGAUGGUUUCUUACUUCCUUGAGAAGGCAACCCUGGAGAAGAUUGUGAUAGUGAGCAAUGAGGCUGAAAGAAGGGAUUUUAUCAAGGAAAUCGGUGAAGAAGCACUACCAGAAGAGUAUGGUGGACGAUCAAACCUCAUUGCUCUUCAAGAUGUGACACUUAGCCCAUUAGAGGAUUGACUGCUGCUACAAUCCAGACUGAUAAAAACAUGAUAUACUAAUGAUCCUUGUUCCCUACUUCACUGCAUUGUGGCCAGAAACAUUAGUAAUAUUCUUGGGUCAUGAUUUUUCUGAAACAGUGGUCUAUUUAUACAUUGUCAAAUCUCUUCUUCCUCUUCAUUUACGCAUAUAACAUUUGCCUACAUUUACGUAUA